AUGUGGAUACCCGCAGAUGUGGAUUUUGUUGCAUCUCUAGCCUAUGCAGUUAGCGUUGCAUAUCUUGAGUGCUUCCGAGACCUCAAUUCUUGCGGAAGAUAUGCAUGGGGUGCAACUACUCUUGCUUACCUGUAUGACAAUCUUCGAGAAGCCAACAUACAUCAAAUCAGAACUGUUUCAGGGUAUAUGACUCUUUUACAGGUGUGGGUCUAUGAGUAUUUUCCUACAUUAUGUAGAGAUUGUUGUAGACUUUCUCUUAGUUAUGUUGAAGACUACACUAGAGCACUUAAAUGGAAGCCUAAAAGGGAUAAGGGUUUAGUUCUUCCAUUUAGGAAAUCUCUUGAUGAGAUUGACGUUGAUGAGGUCUAUUGGACACUAUAUGAGGAGCAUCUAGUGAAGCGACCUUUUGAAGAGGUUUCUUUAUUUCGAUGGUGGAUACGCUGGGGUUCGAAGAUGUAUGCUCAUCUGCCAGACAAAGUAUUGCGUCAAUACGAUCAUGUUCAAACCAUUCAUGGCUCACCAUUAGAGUUUCACAUAAUUUCUCAUCCAUACAACAUUCGUAAAGAACCAAUACAUGAAGAACCUGUCGCUCAUGCAGCUGAUGUUGAACCUACUGAUCAUGCAGAUGAAGAUGCCACUCAUGUAGCUGAUGGCGUCGAUCUCGCAGUUGACGUAAAAGUGUAUUAA